UUGUCCGGUCUCUCAUUCGACAUAAGACAAGUAAGAUGGCGGCGAUUAAUGUGAAAGGCGAAACGUUGUCGUUUUUCUGCUUGUAAAUAAGAGUAAUAGCAUUUUUAAAAGAAUCAGCGUAUCUAAAAAAGAGAGCCGACUUUGAUUCAUAGUGUGCUAAAUACGUGAAGGUUUGUGACUUAUUUUAUGACGAUAAAAGUGGUUCUUCGUUUCACAAUAGACAAAACCCGUCGUCACGAGCACUAGAAGAGUCGAGGCCAUAUUUAUGAUGUUAUCUGUUGUGUGAGCGUCCUGUGAAACCACAUUGAUAUAAUAAAUUUCAAAACUAAAGAAAUGGAGUGCAAACCAUGAAGAUAUAUUUGACGGUCAAAAUAUGAAUACAUGUGCUUGAGUGUAGUGAUAUUUUAAAAUAUAAAACAUUUACAUUGAAAGACUAUGGAUGAAAGUGUGGACUUGUAUUGAAAUAUUAAAUUAAAAACAUACUAACAACACGGAGGUGGUAAUGGAUCCAGUAGGACCAUGGUCAGCAUAUGCUUCAUACAAUCGGCUAGCUGGUGUUCAGGCUGGUGCAGCAAGUGGAGAUUUUCAUCACCACCUGGCAAGCAGUGGUACAGGCCUAGGCAGUCAAUCGGUGCCAUCAACCACAAGCCAAUUGUUACUUCAGGCAGCUCACACUACAGCAUCUCUUGCGGGGCAGUUAGGUUCAUCAACUGCAUCCCCCUUUAACCCAGGUGGCUUCCUGUCUCCCCCAGCCGUUAGCUAUGAUGCAGUAUUUUCACCAUUGUUUCAUCAUGCAAACCCUAAGCCAGCUCAUUACAGUUCUUCUCUUCAACAUCGGCAAGUCAUAGCACAAGCCCAAGCCGCAGUGGCAUCUAAACAAUCUUCCGUUGAAUCUGAACUUUCUUCAUUAAGAGAAAAUUACUCUCAUCAAGCAAUUGCUGCACAAGGGACCUCAUUUUUUGAUCAGCCUUCGACUCCAGGCAGUACUGCAGGCUUAAGUUGGCAAGGCAAUAAUCAACUACCAAGCCCUUUUGGUAUUCUGCCUCAUGAAAGUGUAGUGCCCUCAUCACCAAGUCCAGCAACAACAAAAGCAGGAGCUACAUAUGAUAAUUUUAAUGCUCAUUUUGCAGCCGCUCAAACUUUAAAUAACCACAUUAAUUCUCAAAUUUCCAAUGCUGGACAGAAACCUGCAAACAGAUCGGGAUCUCCAGCGACAGCAUCAAAACAGCCAGUUUCGUCAACAUCAUCAACAUUUUUUCAAUCCCCUUCCACUUAUGGAAAUCAAAGUGAAAAUUCAUAUAGUACAAGCAGUUCAAAAAGUGGAAUUUCAUCACAACAGGAUUAUGCGGGAAGUAAGUCUUAUUCAAGUUCUGCAAGUUCCGCUGCUCAUUCUCAGCAGUCUUGUAUUGUGUCAACUCCAACAGUAACUUCAUCCCCAACUCCUCCCAGUAAAGACUAUCGAUCCUCAUCUUCUAAUUCAACCAGACCUUCAGCCUCUAUUUAUAAUUCUCAAUCACCGAAAAGUGCCAGUAGUGAAAAAACUUCACGUCCCUCAAAUACUAGUAGUGGCUUUGUAUCUCCUACAUCCAAGCCACCCCAGGUUCAGACCAAAGCUCAAAGCAAAGUUUACCCUGAACUAAGUAGUGAACAAAGAAAAAGUUGUGAAUCAAUUGAGAAAUUACAGCCACAGUCAUCCCCCAUAAGUUAUUCCAUUAUGGAUGCGCCUGGACGGCUAGGAUUUAAUAACAGUAAUGGUAGUUCUAAGUCAAGUAGAAUAGGUAACUCCUCAUAUUCUUCCUCACAGAAUUCAAGUUUUAGGCACUAUCAAAGUGGAAAUAAUGUUGAAACUGAAUAUCAUGUUCGAGCCAAAAGCAGUUCAAGUACUGAUACUGGAUAUUCCAGUAGUAGUUCCCAAAAUGGACCUGAUUGUAGUAUAGGUGCUAAGAGACAAAGUCCUUUACAAACAGCACCACAAACUUCUCCUUUAGGCCAUAGGUCUAGUCCUGCAUACCCAGUAUAUCACAGCCCAAUGAAUUCUAUAAAUUCACCGCAACAACAUACAGAACAUUAUAGUAAAGUUAGUAAUCCUGCACCCCGUUCACCUCUAGAUGCAUCUAUUUCAAGGCCCCCAUCCCAAAAUAGUCAAGUAGCUUACCCUUCAGUUAUAACUAGAGCAUUAGGUAUUGAACAAAAUAAAUCAUACAGUGAAAGCCGUUAUGAACGUAAUCAAAGCUCCACACCUAAUUGUUGGGAGACAGACAGGCAAAGAAAAUAUACUAGUAGUAGUGGCAGCAAUAAUACCAGUAAUUCAAAUAGUUAUAGUACAUUAUCAGAGAAUAAUACUCACAAUGAAAAGUCAUCUCAAAAUUCUAGUGAUAGGUUAGGAUUAAGUGAAAAGCAUCAUUAUUUUGACAGCAAUAACGUAGCUUUACAGGAUCUUUCCAGUUGUCGUGGUGAUCCAAUGAGUAUAGUUAAAAAUUUACAAAGUUUACAACAAAGUUGUCAAGUACAAGAGUCUAAAACAAGUAAAAAUUCCACAAUUGUGCCUAAUGCUAUUCCAGCUGCUAAAGUUACCAGACGUAAGAGUACAGAAAAGCCUAUUUCACAUUCUAAUGAGCUCUCAAAUGCUGCAGUGAUGGCUGACUAUUUAGCUACUAGAAUACCACCUCCUGCUCAUAGUUCUACCACUAACCAACAACAGAAUGGCAGCUUUUUUGAUUUUGAAAGGUGGAAUCUCCCACCACCUCCCCCUAAAAUGUUUCCUGGCACAUCAGCUUUCGGUUCUCAAGCACCUUUACACGCCACAAACUUUGCUAAUCAACAUCAAGCCCUUGCAAUGCAACAUGGCCAUGCAUUAACAUACUUUCCACCCUUUCACUUAGGUCCUCAUCCUGAUUUCCAAUCCUCUGUGGAGUUAACACCUUUAUCGUCAUUUAGUGAAACUCCACCUUCGGCUUCCUCGUCAUCAUUUUCUACGCCUGAAACUCGUGAAGAGGAACAGCCUAAGGUGGUAGUACCAAAUAUAGAGGAAGAACUUGGUUUCCUUGCAGAACAACGAGCAAAUUCUUCGUCGACGGUAGCACCCUCUUCACAGCAGCAGAACCUUAACAGUACCUCACAAGACACUACUUCAAAAAUUAUGGAAAAAAAAUUCAAUGUUCCUGUCACGGGCCCGGGUUCAGGCUUCAUGGCUUCCUAUUUAAAAUUCUUACAAGGAGAACGCGACACGUCUCCUCCGCCGGCCGGCCGAGGCGCUAGAAAGUCUACUUGGUCGAGAACAAAUACCAACAGCAAUACAGUCAAUAACAAGACAUACAAUCCGAACGAUGUCACAAAAAAUCACUGCGAAACGAAUUCAACACAGCAAAGUGCUAACGGCGCUAUGGCUUCGUCGAACGCUUUAAACACAGGUAUGUCUCUAAGUAACCCUGUCAUGAGUUCAACGGCGAGUAUGAAUGCGACAGGCCUUUUGGGUGCUAAUCAGUUACACGGGGCGCAGGCGAAUCUGCUAGGGUCGCAAGCGAAAGGUGUAGAGUUGGACGACCCGAGAUAUUACCAUUUAAAUAAGGAUAGAAAAAGAAAGUACGACGGGACAGAAGAUUCCGCGUACGAGGCGGAGGAGGAGGCGAGACGGCUGAACAAGCCCGUGCUGAACGUUCCGAGCACGCCCCUGAACGAUAAGACGAAGAAGGGGCGAGCGACGGCGAUGAACAAGCCCACGCCGUCGGCCGCCAUAGCGCCUCAGCCGGCCGCGCCCAAGAAGCCGCGCCCGCCCGCGCCGCCGCCCGUGGCCUCGCUGCAGGCAGCGCCCCAACAACAAUACUAUUACCAACACCAACCCGAAGAAGUAGGUGCUCAUGCAGUCGGCUUAGGGUACGGAGUGUAUGGAUCAUCGGACAAUGACGCUAACUCGAACAGGAAAUUGCAUAACAUUAAAUCCCAUCAGCAGAUUUCUAACACGGGUCAAAUCGACAAUACGCGACCGAUUGAAGAAAUGCCUUAUCAGUCUGGAGAAUUUGUUGCGUUAAAAAAUGAGCUCAGUGAAAUGUGGCCAGCGAUAUGGAGAGUAGAUGGUAAAACUUUAUUGCAGAAAUACGAGCCUUUUGAAGAGAAUGGAAAAGUUUUAUAUAGAAAUAUAUCCACGUAUACUGUAUGGAAUCCGGAAAACAAAAAACUGUAUACUCAAGUUCAAGUUAAAAUACGUUCUCAAACACAUUUGGAAACAAUAGUUGAAUUAGUGAGAAGUGAAUUGCAGGGUGAUGACUGCCAUUUUAUAGAAAAAAGAAUGCUGGAGACACAAAUGUAUCAAGAGAAUUUUGAAGUGUAUAUACAAACGUUAAUAUCACAUGCCUUAGAUCCGAAUUUCUUAACGGAAAUAUUUCAGGAACAGGACGAGUACUUCCUCUCGAACGUGAAGACCGUAGACGAAGUGACGGAGACGAUGCGCUCGCGCGUGUCGAGCAGCGCGGGCGGCGCGGGCGGCGGCGGCGCGGCGGGCGCGCGCGCGCUCGACGCGGCCGUGGGCACGUGGCCCGGCCUCAGCGUGGCGGCGGGCGCGGGCGCGUGCCGGGCCUGCGCGCGCCCCGCCGUCGCGCGCCUGCUGCUCUACGGCCAGCCGUACAACCCGGCCACGCUCGAGCCCGUGCAGCCGGACGCUAGGCUCGCAUAUGAGAAGGAAUUCUUAGUUUGUUCUACGUGUUGCGGUCGAGUGCAAUUAUAUUCGAGGAUAUCACAUCAAAAGUACCUAAUGUACUCAGAGUGCAGUAAAAGGGUAGCAGAGAAACGGUUACAAAACCCCAACAAAGACACAACAGUUAUAUUAAAUGAGCUAUUAGCAGAUGAGCCUUGGUUAUCUCAGUUGUUCCGUGACGUACGACAUUCGUGGGCGGAGGCGGAGUCAUGGGAAAGAAAAAUACGGCAUGUUAUGUCAAGACAAAUGAUAUAACAUUGAUUAUAAUGUCGAAUCUGAAGUGUACUGUUCAAAAUACACUUUAUAUGAACAAUUUUUAUUUAAUUUUAUACCUGUGAAGUGUGUGCUGAAUGUAUCUAAUUGUUUUUUUUAUAUUUUAUAACUCACGUACAGGUUAGCAUUUAAUUAGCAUAAUAAAAUGGAAGUGGAUAAAAUCUGAUGUUUCAUCACAUUGUCAUCACAUAUUUGAAUAAUUUUUUUCUACAUUGUGAUUCUCAAACUGGCCGCUACUUAGUAUUAGUAGAUUUAGUGUCGGUGCCAUUUUGUUUACAGAACCGUUUUAUCAUUUUUAAUGAUUUGAUGCUACAGUUUUAGUUCGUUAAUGUAUUAAUAAGGAUAUUUUUAUCCGAUUUUAUACCGCGUUACCUGCGGAGGUAACUUUAAGUUUCAAAGUUGCAAUCAUAAUAUAUUCCAAUAACAGUUUUGAAACAAGCUCAAUGAGUUAAUUGAAGACUAUAUUUUCAGAUUACUUACACUGAACCUUACUCCCAUCUCAUCUUUUAUUCUGUGUGUCUGUUUGUCACUAAACUGUUUCCAAGCUGCUGGUCCGAUUUUUUUUCUAUAUGUCUUCAAGGGGAUUUGCGAACAAUACAAUUCGCAAACAAGCGAAGCCGCGGGCUAGUUUUAGAGUUAUUAAAUCAGAUGCAGAAACUUUUAUAAUAUACAAUAUUUUUUUAAAGUUCUAAUGAAAGCCGUGUAACUUUUAAAAUAAGUAAGACCCUCCCGUAAUAAUAAUACUUUCGAAUAUGUAAUUGAUUUUAUACAAUAAACUGCCAAUAGUUAUUUCAUAGUUCGCCCAAUUGAUAUAAAAAUGUCAUGUUAUAAGUAUGCUAUAAAAUAUAAUUAUAUUUUUUUUAUCUCAUGGUAUUGAUGUAACAUUAAUUUAUGAAUUCUAUAAUAAAUUACAUGUGCAUUAAAAACAUUUUGAAAUUGUAGUAUGAUGUAUACGAAACUUGCCAAUGAUUUUUUUAUUUCUCAAUAUUUGUUUUAAAUUAAUCAUCUUCUGUUAUUAUUCAAUUAAUUUAAAAAUAGUUUAAUGGUGAGGAUCACAAUUUUUUUUUAAAGUUUACAGUACAUUAGCGAACUAGGCUGGCUUUGUGUAAAUGCGAAAAUUGCAGUACAGAAAUAUAGACAUUUUAAUUAGGUCUAGCAUUCUCGCCAAAUGAAACGAAGCCUUAUAUUAAAUACGUAUUUGUAAACAGCAAUACUUGUAAAUAAAUUUGUUGUGAGUGUCCAGUGCUAUUUAAGGACGAAGUCGAUUCGGCUGUUAUAAUAUAUAAGAAUCAGAAAUAACUAGAAAAUUUAUUGAUACUUUAUUUAAUAUUGGAUAUCAACAAUCGUCUUUAUACUCUUGCCUUACGUUACUUGUGUUGUAUAUAUAGAUUUUCUCAUGCAAUAAUGUUUGCUCCGUCGUGGUUGUUCAAUACAGAAGCGGUCCUUGCUCCGAAAUCACAUUUUGAUCUAGCUUUUGUAUUCAAUUUAUUAAUCAAGCCCUCGUCGGUUUAAUAAAAUAUAAUUAGCGUUAAUAAUUUCAUCACAAAUAUACUAACGAUAUCUAUAUAAUUUAUAUAGUAUUUUAAAUAUUUACUUCUAUACUUCCAUCGAUCAUAUAUUAUGUUACAUUGCCGGUCAAAAUCACUUUUGAGAGCAAGAAUCAGACAAAAAUGUUUUUGAUGGACGUCCUUGGGCGAGAACAUUUUUGACUGAUUUAUGCAGUCAAGUGGUUUAACUAAGUACAUUGGUCAAUAUCACUUUAAACAUUAAAAGAAAAUAAAAAAAGGAUCAAAUAAUUCAUAUGAAAUUUCACCAUGAACGUUUAACAUGCGGGUUAUUGUAUAAAUACAUAAUUGGUUUCUGUUUGAGUGGGCAACGCCCGAAAGUCAGUCGCCGGCAGCAGCCGUGGCACGCUGACUUCCCUCGCUCGGCACGAGCGUUAACUCAUAGAUAACCUUCGUACCUAACACUCUCGUCGCUCCUAGCUAACACAUUUUUAAACUAAAGACUAUGUAGAUCCUGUGUGAGUUCGCUUGUUCUUUCUUUGCCUUUGAGGUCAAAAUGUUUUUGAAAUAUGCCACGGUCAAAAACAUCUUUACUGAUUUUUCAAUCAAGAGUGGUUUUGAUGGGCAAUGAGAUUGACUGUGGCAUAAUAUAUAAUGGUGAACCAUAUAAAGCGACAAAAAUAAAACCUCAAUGUUAAUUUCUUCAGUCUUCCAAGUACCAUAUAUCGUGAUCAUUGUGUGUAAAUUUUGUUAGUCAUUUAAUACCAGAUAACAUGAGCGCAAUAAUAACUACAUUACGAUUGUAGUGUUUUGGCCUAAUAUAUAAGUAUUACUCAACAUGGUUUAUUGAUACACUUUUACAAAGAACAUUCAAACAUUUAUACUUAAAAAGGAAUGAAAUCAAUAAGUUGUCGACAAAAAUAAAAAGUUGGAAAUAAUCAGUAUUGUUAAAUGUUUUGCUUCUUUAAUAUUGUGAUAAAACUAUGGAUUUUAUAAGACAUUCCUAAUGCCAGAAGAAACUUGUAUCAACUAAUGUGUCUGAUGAGCAAUAUAUAAGCGCUGACAUAUUACUAUGCCAGCCCGUCAAAAUGUGACUGAUUGUAGAAUGUUCAAUUCUUAGUUUUUACUUAAAACUUUAUACUAUAAUCGAACAAAUGAAUGCGAUAUUACCUAUACCUUUAUGUUUAAAUUUAGUUAAGUAGACGAUAAUUUGUAUAAUUCCAUUGGGUUGUAUAGGUUUAAUAAAGUCUCUACACUGAUGUAAGCAUAUAAUAUUAUAGUUUAUACGCAGAGAUAGA